CAUGCCUAUUUCAGGAAAACAAAAAUGAGAGUGGUCAGUGUGACACAGCAGAACUGCCACCUAAGAAACUACAGUUCUCCACCAGGAAAUGUUAAGUCUCUGCGUUCUGUCAUUAAUCCUCCUAUGUCCAGAAUCCGAAACAUCGGCAUUAUGGCCCACAUCGACGCGGGGAAGACUACAACAACAGAGAGGAUGCUGUAUUACUCUGGAUACAUAAGAGCACUUGGAGAUGUUGACGACGGGGACACGGUGACAGAUUUUAUGGUCCAAGAGCGAGAACGUGGUAUUACCAUUCAGUCUGCUGCUGUGACGUUUGACUGGAAGGACUACAGGAUCAACCUGAUUGACACCCCGGGUCAUGUGGACUUUACAGUGGAAGUUGAGCGUUGCUUGAGAGUUCUGGAUGGAGCAGUGGCGGUGUUUGAUGCUUCAGCUGGUGUUGAGGCCCAAACCCUGACCGUGUGGAGGCAAGCGGACAAACAUCAGAUACCGCGAAUUUGCUUUUUGAACAAGAUGGACAAAAACAGGGCAAGUUUUACAUACGCUGUUGAGAGUAUCAAACAAAAGUUGAAGACAAAACCUUUGCUUUUGCAGUUGCCCGUUGGGGAAGCCAAGACUUUCAGAGGACUGGUGGAUGUUGUGACUAAGGAACAGAUAAUUUGGAAACCCACUUCUGAUUCGGAUGAUGGAAAAAGUUUUGAGCAAAAGCUGCUGCUGGAGGCUGAUGAUCCCAACCUGUUCCAGGAAGUUCAGGAUGCCAGAAAUACCUUAAUAGAACAAGUUGCAGAUCUGGAUGAUGAAUUUGCUGAACUGGUUCUAGGAGAAUAUAGUGAAAAUUUUGACUUAAUACCAACUGACAAGUUACGGUCUGCUGUCCGCAGAGUCACGAUAGCUCAGAAAGCGGUACCUGUCCUCUGUGGCAGUGCGCUGAAGAACAAAGGGGUGCAGCCACUACUGGAUGCGAUUACUAUGUACUUGCCCGCACCUGAUGAGCGUUCAUAUGAGUUUCUGCAGUGGUACAAGGAUGACCUGUGCGCCCUCGCGUUUAAAGUUCUCCAAGACAAAUGUCGCGGACCGCUGGUUUUUGUUCGCGUUUACUCAGGUUCACUGAAACCUCAAUCGGCUGUAUAUAAUAUUAACAAGAGUUGCACGGAGAGAAUGAGCCGGCUGCUCCUGCCUUUUGCUGAUCAGCAGAUUGAAAUACAGACACUAACGCCUGGCAACAUUGCCCUUACUGUUGGGUUAAAACAGAGUGCCACCGGAGAUACCAUCGUGUCAUCAAAGGCUUCAGCAGUGGCUGCAGCACGCCGUGCCGGAAGGGAUGCGGGGGGAGAGAAGAGGUCUACCAGUGAUGUAGAGAGCCUUCUGCUGGCAGGCGUUGAGAUCCCCGACCCCGUCUUCUUCUGUACAAUUGAACCCCCUUCACUGGCCAAACAACAAGACUUGGAUAACGCACUGAGCUGCCUUCAGCGUGAAGAUCCAAGUUUAAAAGUGAAGGUAGAUCCUGACUCUGGGCAGACUAUUCUUUGUGGCAUGGGAGAACUACACAUCGAGAUCAUUCAUGACAGAAUCAAACGUGAAUACGGAAUUGAGACUUAUCUGGGACCUCUUCAAGUAGCCUACAGAGAAACCAUCCUAAAUGCUGCUCAGGCAACAGAUAUAUUGGACAAAACAGUAGGAGAUAAACGACACUUUGUAACUGCAGAGUUAGAAGUGAAGCCCAGGUUAGGGGAGAGAGCCACGACGAAAGCCGUCAUCGAGUAUGCUGCGAGUGUCAUGGAAGUGCUACCCAAGGAACUCCAAGGAGCUGUAGAAAAUGGAAUUACAAAUUCAUGCAUUCAAGGACCUUUGCUUGGAUUCCCAGUUCAGGAUAUAGAUGUGACGGUGCAAUCACUGGUGGUGCAUCCUGACACCUCCCACACGAUGGUAUCGGCCUGUGUCUCCCGUUGCGUGCAAAAGGCUUUAAAAAAAGCUGGCAUACAGAUACUGGAGCCCGUGAUGAACCUAGAAAUCACAGUAAGUGAAGAUCACCUCAGUGCCGUACUCGCAGACCUCGCACAGCGGAGAGGUAGUAUUCAGGAAAUCCAGAGUCGUCAAGAUGACAGAGUUGUGGUUGCUGCUGUUCCGCUAGCCGAAAUGAUGGGCUACUCAACCGUUCUGCGUUCGCUAACAUCAGGCUCCGCAACCUUCACCCUGGAGCUUGCCAGCUAUCAAGGCCUGAACAGCCAAGAGCAGACUGCACUGCUUCAGAGGAGGAUGGGGUUGGUGUGA